UAUUCCAUACUCAAAAUUUAUUUCUAAUUCCUUGCUAGCUUUACAAUAUCCUUUCUUGUAAUUCCUAAUUUGAGCUUUGCCAGCUCACUCUCUUUUUUUGUUUUUCAUUUGCAAACCAGAUAAUGGAAUCCAAAAAGAAUGAAGCUAUGGUCUCAAACCCAGAAAUGCAAAAUAAGGCAAUUGUGGAUACACUUUAUAAAGCAUUGGCUCAUGGUGACACCAGCACCGUUGUCAAACUUCUAACAACUGACCUGGAAUGGUGGUUCCAUGGGCCUCCUCGGUGCCACCAUAUGAUGCGGAUGCUCACCGGGGAGUCCAGCCACAGAGAGUUUAGGUUCGAGCCAAGGAGCAUCGAGGUGGUUGGUGAUUGCGUGAUUGCAGAGGGUUGGGAAGGAGCACAAGUGUAUUGGGUACAUGUAUGGACAUUGAAAGACGGUUUAAUUACCCAAUUUAGGGAGUACUUUAAUACAUGGCUGACUGUGAGGGAUGUGAAGCCGCCUCGCUGGGAAAUCGGGAGCGACAACCACACUCUGUGGCAGAGCCAGCCUAGGGACUUGGCACGCCGCUCAUUGCCUGGCCUUUUGCUAGCCAUAUAGGAAGCUAGUUAUGCAUGGCUUGGGAGUGGGACAUUGCAUGGAAAUGGUCAAAAUGGAAUUGCAUUAAGCAUAUCUAUAAUAUAUAUGUGAACUGUAAAUUAUGUAACCAUGUUUUGCAUGCAAGCAAGCUUUUGUUUGAUAUGUAUCUCAUUGGGUUUUAGUUCUAAUGUAUUCGGGUCUUUGUAGCUCCCUUUCCUUUGAUUAUAACGAUUUACAUAAUGAAUGAAAUUGCAUCUUCGAAAAUAAAA